AUGAACAAUGGAGUGUGCGCGGCGCAGGGCCCGGUCUACGUGAACCCCGGCUCCGGGGGCGGCCAGCCGGCUGCGGUGCAGAGCACGGGGUCGGCGCCACUGGUCACCCAGACGGUGUACGGGUUCCUCGACUUCACGACCACGAUCGGCAACACCGUCAUGAUCUUCUCGCCGCAGAGCGCCCCGCCGGCAGGAGCUGCGCCGAGCCCGAAGCAGACCACGAAGACGACCGUGAUCGAGACUCGACCGCCGACCACCAGCAGCGCAGCGCCGCCCGCGGCCAUCAAACCCAGCAAGACUGUCUCCAGCGACCCCACGUCGGACAAGAAGGCCCGACCAGCCUCCAACGUGGAGGUGCGCGUCGGCGCUCCGGCCACAGUCGUCUUCUCCAGCGUGGUCGAAGUGCGCAAGCCGGCCGCGUCCAGCAAGGUGCAGGUGCUGACCGGGCCCGCAUCCAGCGAGGUCCACGUCCAGAACAGGCCGCCCUCCAGCGUCGUCCACAUCGUCAAGGCGCCGGUGAGCAAGGUGGAGGUCCGCGGUCCCGCGCCGAGCGCCAGCCCUGUGCCGAGGCCCAAAUCGCCGCCCUCGAGCGUGGUCGAAGUGCGCGGCGGCGCCUCCAGCGUCGUCUUCUCGCCCGCGUCGCGGCCGCCCCCGCAGCUGCUGUCCUCCGUGGUCGAGGUGCUCUCCAGCUCCUCCAGCGACGACGAGCCGGCGCUCCUGCUCGGCGACAACGCCCUAGAGCCCGAGUACGACUUCCUCUCCAGGCAGCCCUCGGAGGUCGUCGACGAGACCUAUAAGGUGAUCAACUUGAAACCCAGCAGCAAGUUCCACCUGAAGGGACGCCAGUCGUCGAGCGUGCACCCGAACCACAAGUCGUCGAGCAAGCACGUGCUCGUCAGCUCGACGCGGCCAGGCUCGUCACCCAAGGUGCGGCCGACGCCCGUUUCGUCCUCUGCGCGCAUCCUCAAGACGGCGGCGCCGCGUCCGCGCCCUCAGGCGCAGCAGCUGGAGCCGACGCCGGUGGCCGGCACGCUGGCCGACGAGACGGCCGCCCUGCCCCUGGAGGCGCUCUUCAGCUCGGCGCCGGGCCUCACCCGCAACCAGCGCCGGCCGGCGCACCACCGACCGGGCAAGCACGACGAGGCCGCCGACGAGGCGCACGUCGCCCCCAGCGCCGCCCACGGCAGCCACGGCAAGCACGGCAAGAAGCACUCCUCCGCCCGCCAGCAGGCCGCCAGCGCCGUCAGGCCCACAUCCACCCAGAGGUCCGGCUUCCGCUCCACCAAGACAGGGUCGGGUAACAGCCGCUACUCGAGGCCCGAGGUGUCGACCGUGUCGGUGGUGCACGAGACCAGCACAGUGGCGGCGGGGCGCCGCGGGCAGAACCGCGACGCGGGGGCGGCCGCGUCCUCCGCGGCAGAGCACGCCUCCGCCGGCACCAGCGUGUACAAAUUCAAGCUGAACCGGCCGAGCGGCCGCUGGCAGUACAAGACGACGCCCAAGCCGCGCGUCACCAUCCGGCGCGGCCAGCAGGAGGACGAGGAGAACGGCGUGGCACCGGCCCAGCUGCCGCCGCUGCAGCCCGAGCCGCAGGCACUCUCGAGGGCCGACACCGACGCCGACCACGACCUGGAAGGACCGUUGCCCCAGGGCGAGACGGAGCAGCAGCUGGCGUCUGAGGACAGGGCGACACUGGUCUCCAACCCAGACGGAGACGCCUCCCCACCAGUCGCCGAGACCAUCAAAGUCGAGAUUUCCACUCCCGCUGACUUCAGGGACGUCUACUACGAGAUAGCCACCAUCAAAUCGCCGUACACAUUCCAGGUGGGCACGGUGCGCAACACGCGCUUCAUCACGGUGACGUCGACGUUCGAGCGCCUGCUGGAGCCCAGCAAGACGGAGGCGCCCGGCACUGCGCCUGGAGGCGUGCCGACGGCGGCGCCCGCCCCCGCGCCGGAGAACAUCCUCUCGCUGGAGGGCAGCCUGCCGCUGGAGGCGGGCAUGGCCACGCUGCCCGUGCUGACGCUGUCGCCCGGCACCGAGACGCCGCCGCUGCACACCACCACCGAGACCUUCAGCACGACCACGCUGCUGCUCAAGACGCACGUCCUGCCCAUCGUCGCCCCUGCCGGCAACACCACCAGCAGGUACACGCUGGUGCAGUCGUACCAGGUGACGCGUCACGUGACUGCGACACGCACGCUGCCGCCGACGCACCUCUUCCAGUUCGAGGCGAGCCGCGCGCUCACCGACCUGAGCUCGCACCUCGAGGAGGCGGGCUCCGAGCUGCACCUCGAGCUCGACCUGUCCGACAACCACCAGCAGGACGGGCAGCUGGGCCGCGAGGACCACGCGCGGCCCAAGAAGGCGCCCACGCCCGCGCUGCUGCUCGACGCCGCCAACAACCCACCUCCGCAGCCGCAGCUGACUCCGGAGCAGCUACAGCAGCUGGCUCUGCUGCGCUACCUCAACCCCGGCGCGGCGGCGGCGCUGCCGCAGGUGGUGACCACGUCGCGGCCCGUUCUGCGCAUCGAGACGAUCUUCGACUCGCACGUGGUGCCCGUGUACGACGGGCAGAGCACCGUCUUCAGCACGAUCCGCCGGCCCGUGGCCACCGUCAGCAAGACCGAGUUCGAGUACGGCACCGCCACGGUGGCGCCGCAAGCGCCCGCGCCGCAGCCGCCGCCGCUCAACCCGCUCAACCCUCUGGCGCCGUUCAACCCGCUCAACCCGCUGCAACCGCAACAACAGUUCGCAGUCACCUCGACGCCAGUUGUCACGCAAACGGUGGUCACCGAGACCGAGAGCAAGAUCCUGAAACUGACGUUCGGCGCAAAGACGGCGUACACGACCCUGACGUCGACGCGCGUCGUGCCGACGCUGCUGACGACGUACGUGACGACGUCCGUUCCCGUCCAGGCGACGGCGCCGCCGGCCGCCGCUUUCCCGGGAUUCUUCCCGUCGCCGUACGCACAGUUCCCGUUCGUCGGCUGA